AUGGCUGCUACUUCAAUACCCAAUCUUGGCAAUAUCGCCCGCGCAGAAUAUCAAGCUCUAUUCCAUAAAGAAGUCGCACAAGGUCUUCGAGAACCUCUCGUUCUUCCAUUUUGUCUUCUCGGCCCUUUUCUUCUACCAACCAUCUAUCUAGCAAUCCCACAUCGAAAUAGGCCCUGGCUUUAUCAUGCACGUUGGCUCAUUGUCGCUUUUGUCAUUGUGUUCGAUCUCUAUAUAGUUCGGCACAUGUCGAGUUACAAUGUUGCUACCGCUUAUGCAGCCGGCCUGAUGGGCAUUUGGGGUAUCUUGGCGAACCUGAAUCUUUUAGUAUGGACCAAUCCACAGGCCGACUAUGCGAGGAUCAUCAGAGUGCCCAAAGACAAAGAAACGACAACAUCAUCUAAUGGAAAUGUCAAGAAUGAUACUCUUGAUACCAAUGGCAUUCACGAAAAUGGACUGCGACAAAGGAAGUCUUAUGCCAAUGCUAAUGCGCUUUCUGGAGAUAUCGGAACUCGCGCUAAGCAUCAGGAUCUCGGAGAUACAGUUUGCGUUUGGCAGAGAUUUCCUGAAAAUGGGACUCUUGGUCAAAGGUUGAACUGGACGUUGGAUUUGGCUACUAAUUUUCGAGAAGUCGGCUGGAACUGCUGUAUAACUUCAGUUCCUAGACCUGAGAUCCCAACCAACAUUCGCGAUGGAGACCCCGUAUCCUUCAAGGACAUGCCUGUCGUAUCGAAAAGCGGCUACUAUCGCAAUCUUACCGAGAGAGAAUUUGUAUGGACUCGCCUCCGCAAUGUCUUUCUCCUUACAUUCGUCUUGGACUUUUGCUCUGUCAUGAUGGUAAAGGACCCCUACUGCACCUACGGACCUGAUCGAGAUCUUCCGCCGCCCUUGUUUCUCCAACAACUUUCUCCGUGGCUUCUCCAAGCAUAUCGCGAAUUGCUAUGUCUCAUAGGCAUAUACGCGGCCAUUGAUGCUAUUUUCAAUCUGCAUGAUUUGUUCCAGUACUAUGUAUUCAGCUAUGUGUAUCCUAUGCGCGGAGAGCUCUGGCAGUACACCAACAUCUUCGGUCCAGUCUCGCAGAUUCUCGAUCGGGGAAUUGCUGGUUGGUGGGGUGCUUUCUGGCAUCAAACAUUCAGACUCCAAUUCAUUUCCCCUGCAAAGUUCCUCGUUGAUAAAGGGUAUCUGCAAAAGGGCUCGUUGGCUACUCAAGUGGUCACCAUGUAUGUGUCCUUCAUCCAGUCUGGCCUGCUUCACGGAGCAGGAAGCAUAUCCUCUAUGCCUGAAACCAAACCCUGGAGAGCUCCAGUCUUCUUCUUCCUUCAACCACUUGGUAUCAUCAUCCAGCUUCUUUUGCUACACUUGAUGGACAAAGCUUUCCCCAACACCCCUCGGGGAGUUCGGCAAGUUUUCAACGCUGUAUCAACUGCUGGCUGGUUGUAUUAUACUGCGUUUUUCUUCACAGAUGAUAUCUCAUCUAGUGGUAUCUGGCUACUCGAGCCUGUGCCCAUUUCUCCUCUGCGAUGGUUAGGCUUUGGUCAUCCAGAUGAUCAUUGGUGGCGGUGGGAGAGGUACUUGUUCCCUAUCUGGCAUUCAGACAAGCAUUGGUGGAAAAGUGGUUUUCAAAUUUGA